CCACAACCACUCGUCGGCCAGCUAGCUAUCUAUCUAUAACAUCUCAGCAGCCCUCGCGAUGCCCAAAUCGAAGAGAUCUAAGGUGACUUCUCUCACUAAAACACCGUUGAGGACAACGAAAGAGUCGAAACUUGCGCUUGGCAAUGAACUACGGGCUCAAAUCGACACCUACGAUCAUGUCUGGCUCUUUGAUCUAGGCAACAUCCGCAACGAUGCCCUCAAGGAACUCCGGGUCCAAUGGAGGGGAACGGGUCGAUUCUUUUUCGGACGCGGCAGGGUCAUGGCAAAGGCAUUGGGAGAAUCCGUAGAUACCGAGCAUGAGCCAGGCCUUUCACAGAUCGCAGAAUCUAUAAAAGGGUCGAUGGGCUUGUUUCUGACCUCGUGGGAUGUGGAAGAGACUAGAGAAUGGUUUGAUUCCUGGUCUCGAAAGGAAUUUGCACGCAUGGGGGAUAAUGCAGACCGCGAAGUGGUGCUUCCUGCCGGUCCCAUUCUAUCGCCAUUCACCGACCCACCGAGUGGUGAUCCCUUCCCUCAUUCCAUGGAACCUCAAUUGCGCAACCUAGGUCUUUCCAGUUGCUUGCUUCGAGGCGUGCCGUCCCUGAAAGAGCCACAUGUGGUAUGCCGUGAAGGCGAUGUUCUCUCUAGCGAACAAUGUCGACUGCUAAAGUUGCUUGGCGUCCAGAUGGCCGAAUUUCGCGUGCACUUGGGUCCGCGAUGGACACGAGGCAGGGGGUUUGUGCCUUCCGCCAAGGACUGAUUUGAUCGCCUGAACGUGAACAGUUACGAUAUAAUGAUGCAUGGCUCUGUACAACAUAAA